AGAUCAGCCUCGGCGCCCGCCCCCGCCUGUUAAAUGGGCUGGCGGGGCGCAGCCCCCGGAAACGGCCGUGCACUGCCGGGCUUCGAGCGUGGCCAGCGGGCGGGCAACGGUGGAGGCGGCGGCGGCGGCUGCGCGGCGCAGACAGCACCAUGGCAGAGCAGGUGGCACUGAGCAGGACCCAGGUGUGCGGGAUCCUGCGGGAAGAGCUGUACCAGGGCGAUGCCUUCCACCAGGCCGACACCCACAUCUUCAUCAUUAUGGGCGCGUCGGGUGACCUGGCCAAGAAGAAGAUCUACCCCACCAUCUGGUGGCUCUUCCGGGACGGCCUGCUGCCUGAGAACACGUUCGUGGUGGGCUAUGCUCGAUCUCGCCUCACGGUGGCUGACAUCCGAGAGCAGAGCGAGCCUUUCUUCAAAGCCACCCCAGAGGAGAGGCCCAAGCUGGAAGAGUUCUUCGCUCGCAACUCCUAUGUCUCUGGCCAAUACGAUGAGCCGGCCUCCUACAGGCGCCUCAGCAGCCACAUGGACUCACUGCCCCAGGGCCCGCAGGCCAACCGCCUCUUCUACCUGGCCUUGCCUCCUACCGUCUAUGAGGCCGUCACCAAGCACAUCCACGAGGCCUGCAUGAGCCCUACGGGCUGGAACCGCAUCAUCGUAGAGAAGCCCUUUGGAAGAGACCUACAGAGCUCGGACCAGCUGUCCAACCACAUCUCCUCCCUGUUCCGCGAGGACCAGAUCUACCGCAUCGACCACUACCUGGGCAAGGAGAUGGUGCAAAACCUCAUGGUGCUCCGGUUUGCCAACAGGAUCUUUGGCCCCAUCUGGAACCGGGACAACAUUGCCUGUGUGAUCCUCACCUUCAAGGAGCCCUUUGGCACUGAGGGCCGUGGGGGCUACUUUGAUGAGUUCGGGAUCAUCCGGGACGUCAUGCAGAACCACCUGCUGCAGAUGCUGUGUCUGGUGGCCAUGGAGAAACCUGCCUCCACGGACUCCGAUGAUGUCCGAGAUGAGAAGGUCAAGGUGCUCAAGUGCAUCUCUGAGGCACAGGCCAACAACAUGGUCCUGGGCCAGUAUGUGGGCAACCCCAGUGGAGAGGGUGAGGCCACCAGAGGGUACCUGGAUGACCCCACGGUGCCACGCGGGUCUAAUACCGCCACCUUUGCAGCUGUCGUCCUCUACGUGGAGAAUGAACGUUGGGAUGGGGUCCCCUUCGUCCUGCGCUGUGGCAAAGCCCUGAAUGAGCGCAAGGCUGAGGUGCGGUUGCAGUUCCGAGAUGUGGCUGGUGACAUUUUCCACCAGCAGUGCAAGCGCAACGAGCUGGUGAUCCGUGUGCAACCCAACGAGGCUGUGUAUACCAAGAUGAUGACCAAGAAGCCAGGCAUGUUCUUCAACCCAGAGGAGUCUGAGCUGGACCUCACCUACGGCAACAGAUACAAGGACGUGAAACUCCCGGACGCCUACGAGCGCCUCAUCCUGGAUGUCUUCUGUGGGAGCCAGAUGCACUUCGUGCGCAGUGAUGAACUCCGGGAGGCUUGGCGUAUUUUCACCCCGCUGCUGCACCAGAUUGAGCGGGAGAGACUGCAGCCCAUCCCCUAUGUCUACGGCAGCCGAGGUCCCCCUGAGGCAGACGAGCUGAUGAAGCGAGUGGGUUUCCAGUACGAGGGCACCUACAAGUGGGUGAACCCCCACAAGCUCUGAGCCCGGGUGCCUGCACUCCUCCUCAGCCUCCCAGUGUCGAGAGGACUCUGGGACCACAGGCUUGGCCACCCCCUCCCACCCUUCACCCGCCACCACUGCGCCAGCCACAGCCACAUUCCUCCCACUCCACCACCACCCCCUCCUGUUCCACCCCAGGAGGAAGGAGGAGGGGGCAUGGCCCAGCCAGUUAGGGACAGGGGAGGAGCUUCAGGAAGCUCCUCAGAGCGGAGCCCCCAACUUUCCCAGUCCCCAGCUGAGAGGACCUUGGCCAGGCUACCAACUGCACUCCAAGACGCCACCUCCCUGCCCACCAUUAAACCUCAAACAGCCCCACGUCCCUCCGUUGUUUCUUCCCUGCCACUAUCACUUGUUCCCUGUGUCACCCACCACCCUCCCAUGGCACAGGGUUACCACCUGAGUGUUCCGUGACCCUGUCAGUGUGUUCCACCCCACAGGUGUCCAUCACUGAGACCAGCUUCAAAGACAGGGACAGGUCAUAGUUGAGUUAGCUGCCACCCCUUCAACUGCCUGUGCUGGCCUUUGCACAGCCACAACCCUGCCCUUCAUAGUCCCUUGAGGAGACACUGCCAGUCUACAGAGGAGAAAGAGGUGACAGAUUCUGAGGAAAGGGAGUCAGAAGUGACAUUCUGCGUCUGGGUAGCCCUGUCUCUCCCUGGUCCUUCCUAGGCAGCCUUGACAACACCCCAGCGUGGUACUCAAGGCAAUGUGUGCAUGAGGGGGCCAGAGUCAGGGUAGGGAGGGCCACCUGCAUGUGUCUCCAUCGGGAAGCACUUGCUGUCUGCACACACCACUUCCACCCAGUCACAUUUCAAGGCUCCUGUGAGUGCUCUCAAGGAUCACUACGACUCCUCCCGGCCCUGUCUAGAGCCAACAACCCUGACGUGGUCCCUGAGCUUGUGGCCUAGGCCUGGGGCACAAGGCUCACAGGACGAGGGUCUGAGGGUGGGCCGUCUAGGAGCAAGCAAACUAAACAGUCAUGAGGUCAGCCUGCUCCUGGCACAGGAUCUGGCAGCAGGCAGCAAGUUGGCACCAGCUCGGAGCUGGCCACGUCAUCAUGUGCAUGGUUGAAGUGAGGUCUUGGGGCUCUACUGGUGCCCCUGGCUCACCUCAGUAGCUGGGACUACAUGUACGCAUGACUGCAGCCCACUGUCCAAGGUUUCCUUUUUUUUUUUUUUUUUUUUUUUUUUUUUUUUUUUCCUUUGAGACAGGGUCUUGCUAAAUUUUCAAGGCUGGGCUUGAACCUGCCAUCUUCCUGCCUCAGCUUUGUGAGUGCUGGAAUCACAGGCGUGCGCUACCACGCCCGGCUAGGGCUUUUUGAUGCAUCCAGGCCUCUCCUUAACCUGCCACAGAACCCGGCUGCCCUCACCCCAGGCUGGAAUGACAACAUGGAGCUGGGGAUGCCAAGGAGUUGGAGGCUUGUGCCCAGGUCCCUACCAAAGAAAGCCAUCGAGAAUGAAUGAGCUCCUGGAGGCUGAGGCAGGAGGAGGGUGACAGGAGGCCAGCCUGGGGCAAACUAGGGGGACCCUAGAGUAAAAUGAAGGGAAGCACAGCAAGAGUUUUCAAAAUGAGAGACCAUACUUUUGGGUGGGCAUGGUCCUUCCUGUUACACAAGCUAGGAAGCUGUUGGGUGCUGCCCUGCUCCACAAUGCAGCUGUGAAGGACAAGGACACGGCACCCUACAAGAUGAUGGAAGGAGACAGCUGUCCCGGGGGUGCCCCACACUACCCGGGUGCCUUGCUCAGGAGAAGCCAUCUUGUAUUGGUGUUCUGUCCUCAGAAGGAACCCUGAACUCUGGGGGAAAGAGGAAGAUGGGAGCACAAGAGGGCCAGCCCCGCCCUGGGAGGGGGUACUCUACUUUUCAGACAGCCCUAGGAGAGCAGCAGCAAGAGGGGGAGUCCAGGAGCAUGGGGGACAGCUCGCACUCCCCUGGGUGCCUCUGGUGACUGCGAGGAGGGUCUUGUUGAGUUGGUGCAACUCUGUAGCUUAAGACAAGAACACUGAAUUUCGACUUGGGCUCUGCCAGAGAGGCACAGGCAUGUGGUAACCAGGUGUCAUCUCACCUCUGGAUGAGUGGAUUUGACCCACGCUGGGGACACAGCAAGUAGGGCAAGGGGCUGUGAAAGGAGGGCGCCCUCCCAAAGCAUCCACUGUAGCAACUUCCUGAGGCAGUGUUAGGGCACCGCCCUCCUCAGCAGAUUGGCCCCAUGGGUGGAAUGCAUAACCAGUGGGCUCCCUGGGAGGCUGGGCCUCACAUCCCAGGCUUUGAUGUGUCUGGGGGCUGGGCCCCAACUCCUUCCUUGCCCCCUCUGCCUCCGGCCUUUUGGUCUCCCAGUCUUGGAGCUGCAGGAACCCCAAUGAAACUGGUCCCCUGUGUGUUGUGGGUGUCAAGGGUUGGGUCCCAGCUACAGGAAGAUGACUGCCACAGAGUCCAAGUCAAGACAGCUGGUACCACGUAUGGAGCAGAAACAAGCUGGUGAAGUUGAGGACUGUCAGCAGUCACCUCAGGUGUGGGUUCCCACAUGACACUCCAGAAGCACCAGUAGAGACAGAUCACACUGGAACUGAGACAGACACCAGACCCAUUCAGUAGACCCCAAGAUGCCGCCACAGCUGUAUAGCAGCACAGGGACCCUGGGAAGAAUGAGAGACCAGUAAAGUUGUUUGAAGGUCACUUGCACUUUAGGUCAUUGUAUUUGGAUACAGUGUGGCAACUCCCACCAGAGGUCCCUUCCUCCAAAGUGAGGUAAGAGCCACAAGUCCCAGUGAGGGCACCAAGUGCCAUGUCUGCUCCACAGCACCUCCCUGGGGUGGGGAGGGAGGCCAGGGUGCCACCGCUGCACUCCAGGCGCACACUGCCAGGCACAGCGGAAACGCAUCUGCACACAUAACUGUUCACACAUGUUCUUCUCUGAACCAAACUUCCAUCAGAAAUGGGAGAAUGAUACACUAAUUAGAAAUAAUAAACAACAAGCUGGGUGUGGUGGCGCACACCUGUAAUCCCAGCACUCUGGGGAGCUGAGGUUAAGAGAAUUCCAAGUUUAAGCCCAGCCUGAAUAAUUUAGCAAAUUAGCAAGACCCUGUCUCAAAAUUAAAAAAAAAAAAAAAUCCAGGUGUGGUGGUAUAUGCCUGUACAAUCCCAGCACUCCAGCAGGCUGAAGCAGGAGAUGAAUCACAAGUUUGAGGUCAGGUUAUCUUGGAUCUAGAAUGUCUGCCAAAAGUCUCAUGUGCAGAGGUGGGGCUUUUGGAGGGUGACCUUGUCACGGGGUGCUAUUGUCAUCAGUGGAUUCGCCCACCGAGGUGUUCACAGUUGAGUGUGCUAUUGGGGGUGGCAGAUGAGGAGGGUCACUGGGCUAUGACCAAAAACGGUGUGUUCCUGUCCCUGGCCCCUUCGUGCUCUCUGCUUCCUAGUUGCCAUGGGUGGGCAGCUCUCCUCCCUUAGGCCCAUUCCCCAUGAUGUCCUUCCUUGGAGCCAAGCAACCAUGGACUAACCCUCUGAAACUGUGAGCCAAAUAAACCUCUCCUUUAUGCUG